AUAAUCAAGAACUUGAUAUUAAUGUAGAUAAUAACAAAAAUGAAGAGCUUAAUAAAAGAUUUUCUGAUUUUUCUAAUUGGCUUCUUAAUACAUUUGACAACUAUGAAUAUUGUAAAUAUGAAUUUGAUAAUUAUUCCAA